CCCUGGUUACAGAAGCAAGUUCACGGUGGCAUCUGUUGAAGCGCAGGGCCCGCAGUCAACAUGUUCCAGGGCAUGGACGGCCAAGCUGGCCGGUUGGGCUCCAGAUCCAUAAAGCUCCCAGGAGGAGAAUCGAGUAAUCCUUUUGGAAGUCCUUCAACAAGCAAGCCUUAUAGGAUGGCAUCUAAUAUUUUUGGACCGCCUGAAGAGCCGAAAAAUAUUCCCAAGAGGACAAAUCCUCCAGGAGGCAAAGGAAGUGGGAUCUUCGAUGAAUCAACUCCUGUACAAACUCGACAUCGUCCGAACCCACCCGGUGGGAAGACCAGUGACAUAUUUGGCUCCCCAGUCACUGCCACUAUGCCUCUGGCACACCCAAACAAGCCCAAGGAUCAUGUUUUGCUGUGUGAAGGGGAAGAUUGUAAACCUGACUGGAAAGCUUCCACAUACUCGGCACCCAGAAGAGAGCAUGCAAAGAAACCGGAGGCCACACCUACAGUUGACAGUCAUGAACCCAGACUGGGGCCAAGACCUCGCUCCCACAACAAAGUCCUGAACCCACCAGGAGGCAAAUCCAGCAUCUCCUUCUAUUGAGAGGCUCCUGCUCUGUCUGUAACCAGAUCGGCCACUCAGGGAUAGGGUAUUGAACGUUAGUGCUUCCUUUAACCUAAAAGAGUUGGGGGUGGGAGAGGGUUUGUCACGCGUGUGGGGUUGGCAGUUCAUAGGCCUUGUUGUCACUGGAAGAGCUGCCCAGAGGACUGUGCCUUCUAGACUGCCAAGAUAUAAAUCUGUGGUGAUAAAACG